CUUUCCACUGACCCGCUUAGACAUCUGUUUUUCUUUCAGCAGGCGUCCCUGAGCCGUAUCGUGGCUUUCCCCUCCCACUGCGUUCGCUGCCCUCGAUCCUGGCGUCAUACCAUCGAACACCUUUGCAUCAUCGAUCGCUACCAAACGGCCUUUUCCCCAGCGUGUUCCGCAUUCUCGCCAGUGCAUGGGACACUUCGACUGGAGAUCUAAUUCCCUCACUAGCUGCAACAUGCUCAUCUCCUAAUGGUCGCAAUCGUCGCCUUACUUCCUGUCCGGUCCCUACCUCGUACCUUCGCGCCGCGUGACUGCCGCAGGUGAACUCUUAACCGCCGCCCGUCCUACAGCUCGGGACUAUAUAUAACAUUGAACUCUCCUCCGAACCUACAGUGGAAUAAACCCCGAACCUAUCCACUAUGGCCCCCAAAACAGAACACCCCCCGGCGCAGUCGUCCCCUUCUAGUUCCUCCUCCACCGAUACCGAUACCCCAGAUGCCUCGAUCGACCCAUCUUCGCUCCCGCAGGCCGUCAAGGCCAGAAAGACCGAAUACACCCGCCAACAGUCGAUCCGAAUCAAGGUCGGCACCUGGAACGUGGCUGCCAUCUCCGGCACCGAAGAGGACAUUGGAAAGUGGUUUGUGCAACGGAAGGGGGUAUGUGAAGAAAUCUCCGGACUGCGGGUCUCCGACCUGCAGGAUAGUGGCGUCCUGAAAGAGCGUGUGCUCAACAACGAGGACGCACUUCCGGAAUUCGCGCCGGAAAAGAUCGGCCUCUACGUUCUCGGGUUGCAGGAGAUCGUGGACGUCUCGUCGCCCGCGGAGGCCUUGAGGCCCUACGUCGAUCCGGCACCGUCGAACCGGUGGAAAGCGGCGGCUCAGAAGGCUCUCCCGCCGGGGUACCAGCUGGUGGCGGAGACUCAGCUCGUGGGUCUGCUGCAGUUGAUCUAUGCUGCGCCUUUCCUGGUCGACCAGGUGUCGUCUGUUAGCUGUGUCAGCGUGGGUACCGGCCUGCUGGGGUACAUGGGCAACAAGGGGGCUGUUGCGACUCGACUGAUGCUCGGCGAAACUACAUGCCUGGCCUUUGUGAACUGCCACUUGGCGGCUGGUUCCGAUAAAAACAGUUUGGAGCGGCGGAACUGGGACGCCUCGCAGAUUAUCUCUCGGGCCAAGUUUGAUCCCAUCGACCCCAAUAUAGCGCUCCGAGAUGAGCCUACAGAGAGCAUCGGGAAGGAGGACUUUGCUUUCUGGUUUGGGGACCUCAAUUAUCGGCUGGAGGACAUCCCAGGGGACGAUGUGCGCCGCGUCCUGGCCCGACAUACGAUCAACGAGUACGACAAUGGGCACCCGUUUCAGCGUGACGUCCAAGAUAGUACCGCAUCUCCGCAGAUUAAAGCUGCGGGGCCGACAGAUACAAACAGUCACCCCCCAAUGGUUUCGGACGAGACUGCCGACCCUCACACCGAUCCAGCGUCUCUCCUAACCACUAUAUCGUCACUACUACCACACGACCAGCUUCUCCUGCAGCAGGAAAAGAAGAAGGCUUUUCACGAGGGCUGGCGCGAGGGCUCGAUCACUUUCCUCCCCACAUAUAAAUACGACGUGGGGAGUGUUGGCAGGUUUGAUUCUAGUGAGAAAAACCGAGGGCCCAGCUGGUGUGAUCGUAUCCUCUACCGGUCUCGCCAGGAUAAGCUCCGGUAUGAGAGACUGGCGGAAGAGGCCGCAGAGGCCAGGAAGCGCGACGAGGAUAUGAAAGCUAGGGGUCUGGACAAGGCUGUCGCUGACGACAGCGUGUUGUUCGACUACGACCCGGACGUCGACGGGGCGGACAGCGACGAAUACGAUCCGGAUAAAGAUAGCGACGACGAGGCCUCCUUGGAUUCCGACCCGGGUGCCGACGAGUCACUGCGGCUUGAAUACUACGUAUCGCACCAAGGAAUCCUUUCCUCCGACCACAAGCCUCUAGCCGCCGGAUUUACCUUGACACUAGAAACUGUGGACCCCCAGUUGAAAGCCAAGGUGCACCAGGAAGUGGUCCGGGAGCUGGACAAGGUGGAGAAUGAGUCCCGACCAGGACUCACUGUCGUGGUGGAUCAUCACGGCAAUCAGCCGACAAGCGGAGACCCCAACGCCGUGAACUUCGGCGAUGUGCCUUUUGACGUGCCCGUCACUCGAUCACUGACGGUUGCCAACACCAGCGGCGUGCCUGCAACCUUCACGCUGGAGAAGCCAGAACAAGACGUAUCGAAUCGGUUGCCCUCCUGGCUGGACUACCGGAUUGAUCCGCCUCACCGUCCUGAUUCAGAGCCAGACCCGAAGCAGAAGCCCUCACAUGAAUGCACUCUGCAUCCCGGGGAACUUGCCAACGUUGAGAUCACAGCAUAUGUUCGGGACAUUGAACUAACCCGUCUUCUGAAUGGUGGACAAUUGAGCCUGGAAGAAAUUCUUGUCCUCCGAGUGACCAAUGGUCGAGACCAUUUCAUCUCCGCGUAUGGCAAAUGGCUCCCCACGUGCUUUGGCCGCUCUUUAGAAGAACUCACCAUCAUGCCCGAGGCCGGUGCCAGAAACGUGACACCCGCUAAAGCACCAGCAGACCACCCGACCGCCCCCGGUGUGCCUCUAUCGGCCCCUCGGGAGCUAUUCCGACUGACUGAAGCCAUCUCCGAGAUGACCGAACGCGCCACUGCCGAGUGGAGCAUGACCAGGCCCGAGUCCGAGGGAGAAGACACGCCGCCCUGGAUCAAAGAGCCCUUCGGGUUCGGCUGGCCUUUCGAGCCCGAAACCUGGACCCUCCGAGACAAGGACGAGCGAUCCCACCUCCUCGCCUCCGUCCGCGAAGCCCUCGACACCAACAAAGACUUCGCCUCCAUCUUCGCCCCCGAAAUCUCCUCUCUCCACCGCCUCGAAAUCCUCAGCGAGACCCUCCUCGUCUUCCUCCAAUCCCUCAAAGACGGCAUCGUUACCGCCGCUGUCUGGCAAGACCUCGACCAGCAACUCCUCGCCCGCGAGAAGUCCAAGUCCCCCCCUCUCUCCUGGGAAGACGCCCAAGCCUGGGUCCUCGAAAGCCUCGCAUUCUCGCCCGCUCACAGCGUCUCUUUCACCUUCGUCACUUUCAUGCUCGCCCGCAUCGCCAACGAAAUCGCCCCCGCUUCCUCCAUCCCCGCCCGCGGCCCAUCCACCAUCCUCUCCCCCUCCUCCAACCCCUCCUCCUCCUCCAACCCCCCUACCGACUCCACCAACACCCCCCAGAAACCCUCCGACGACCCGCCCCCGUCAUCCUUCAUCUCGGGAAACAGUCUCCGUCGCCGAACCCGUACCUUCGCCUCCUCCAUCUCCUCCUCCAGCAACAGCAACAGCACCAGCACAGGCACGUCCGCCCCUCCCCCCAUCAACCCCAUGGCCAUCCGUCGCCAUGCCGUCGAAACCGCGCUCUCCGGCGUCUUCGCCUCCGUGCUCAUCUCGCCCGACGUCCCCGUUCCCUCGAAGGAUAAGGAGCGUCGCGCCUUAGAUGAUCGGAAGCGCAGCAUCGUGGAGCCGUUUUUGAAGACCAUUGGCGUGGAUAAUUUGGGGCCGUCGGGGGGUGUUUCUUGAUUUAUUCCUUCUUAUAUUUUUUUAUAUAUAUUGGGUUGUGGCGUGUUGUGGUCUGUUGGUGUGGGUGGCUUGUAUAGUUGUAUAGCUGUAUAGUGGUUUUGUUUGUUAGGGGAAUGGGAGGGGAGAGAGUAAUUAGAUUGAUUGAUUGCUGAUUGUUAGUAGAUAGAGGGGGUUUGGCCUGCUCUUGUAUUUAUUAGUGUUAGUGUUAUAUUUCGUCUUUGUGUGAUGCGAUGUGAUGUCGAGUGAGUUGAGUGCAGGGGAGUGAGAGGAAGUGAGUGAUUAAGGUUGGUUGUUAGCAGUGGCUGUUGGCUGGAUUAUGGACUACUAUCAUGAUGUAUUGUAGCCUGGUUGUGUUAUAUAUAUAUAAAAAAAAGGCUAUCUGCUCC